GGCUGGGCACAGAGCGCGGCGGGACGGAAGUGGGCGGGGCUGGCUGUGCGCGGGAAGCUGGGGCGCGGGGCCGGGAGCAGGCCGGCCGGCGGGGGAGAUGCAGUUCUCCAGCGCCCAAGCGAGAGGGAAGCACCCGUGGCUGUCGGGGGACCGGCGGCAGCUGUACCCUCACAGCCUGCAGUUCUACCUGGAACCCCCCACGGAAAACAUCUCGCUGGUGGAGUUUGAGAGUUUGGCCAUCGACCGCCUGAAGCUGCUGAAAACAGUUGAAAACCUUGGUGUGAGCUAUGUAAAAAACGGUGAUCAGUACAACAGUAAGCUGGAGUCUGAGCUCCGGAAACUCAAGUUUCCCUACAAAGCCUUGACUGAUGAUGAUUAUGAGGCAAGAAGAAAAGACCAUAUCUCUCAUUUCAUACUACGCCUUGCUUACUGUCAGUCUGAGGAGCUCAGGCGUUGGUUUCUUCAACAAGAAAUGGAUCUCUUUCGAUAUCGUUUCAGUCAACUAACUGACAGUUUAAUGCAGAAAUUCAUGGAACAUGUGGACUUAUCUUUUGAAGCUAUUAGUGAAGACCUGAAAAAUGAAUUGUCAAGUGAGCUGUCUACAUCAACCCCUGGCUUCACUAUGUCUAAAGUAAAAGAACAAAUGUUCUAUAAGGUUGGACUUGCAGAUGCUGUGGAUCUCUUUAGAGCCAGAAGAGUGUUUAUUAAAGAUGGUUUUGCAUAUGUGCCAUUUAAGGACAUUGUUGCGAUUGUUUUGAAUAACUAUAGAGCAAAGUUAUCUAAAGCAUUGGCGCUGACAGCACGAUCAUUGCCUUCCAUACAGUCUGAUGAGAGACUACAACCUCUCCUUAAUCAUCUCAGCCAUUCCUACGUUGGCCCAGAUUACAGCGUGCAAAAGAACACUGGGAAAAUCUCUCUAGAACAGAUCGAUGCUCUGUCUGUGAAAUCGUUCCCUCUUUGCAUGCGCCAGUUGCACAAAGCCUUACGUGACAACCACCAUCUCCGGCACGGAGGCCGGAUGCAAUACGGGCUGUUCUUAAAAGGCAUUGGCUUGACUCUGGAACAGGCACUGGAAUUUUGGAAGAAAGAAUUUAUCAGAGGAAAAGUGGAUGCAGAUAAGUUUGACAAAGGAUAUGCUUACAGCAUUCGCCACAACUAUGGGAAAGAAGGGAAGAGAACUGAUUAUACCCCAUACAGCUGCAUGAAGAUUAUCAUGUCCAAUCCACCAAGUCAAGGAGAUUAUCAUGGGUGCCCAUUCCGCCACAGCGAUCCUGAGCUACUGAAGCAGAAGCUGCAGUCAUACAAGAUCCCUCCCAGUGGAAUAACUCAGAUCCUGGAAUUGGUGAAAGGAAUGCAUUACCAGCUGGCCUGUCAGAAGUACUUUGAGUUGACACAUGAUGUUGACGACAUUGGGUUUUCUUUGAAUCAUCCUAAUCAGUAUUUUACAGAGAGUCAAAGGCUAUUAAGUGGUGGUAGAGAACCGAAGAAGGAAGUAAUUAAUUCAGGAAACACUCAACAAAGAAAUAAUAGUCAGGAAAGCAUGAAUUCGAAUUCUACUCUCACCUCUUCAAAUACAACAACUGAUGCAGAACUGGAGGGACUGGAGGCAUACUUCACUGAAGACUAGGCAGCUGUGUUGGUGGUUUUGUUUGUUUAUUUUCUUUGGUUUUCUUUCAUUCUUUUCCCUUCUCUAGCCAAAUUUGUCCCUAUACUCAGGAGUAUGCACUUCAUUACCUGGAAGACACAGAUAUUUAAUGCUUUGAAUAGGCUGAAGAAAAUAAAUAUAAUGAAGCUGUAACUGCAUCCAGUACUUGUUCUUGCUGCUUUAGGACACUGUUUCAUAUGGCAUGUUGAAGGAUGGGAAAUUAAAGUUCCUUCCCAAUUAUUAGUUGAUUUUUGUCUGACUCAACUUUUUUGGUUUCUUUCAAAAUGUUUAAGUAUUUUUAUCCCGUUUUGUCAUCACUUUUAUAUAUUUCUUCUUAAUAAAUAAAUUGCAAAUGAUCAAA